AUGGAGGCACAGCGCAGGUUCCUGGAGGAGGCGAAGCUCUCGCAGGUGGUGGAGAACAAGCCCGCCUUGGUGUGGGUGGAGCCCUCCACCACCGUCGCCAGCGUGUGCGACGAGCUGAGGCUGCACAACAUCCUCUCCCUUCCUGUAUACAGCAAAGAGACGAAUGAGUUUGUGGGGAUCGCCAACGUGGCCGACAUUGCGUUGUUCAUCGCCUGGGGCAGCGUCGACCUGGUGCGCAAGCAAAAGGAGGACAAGCCCCAGAUGAGCGAGAUGGAGCUCGUGCCGAGGCUCAAGUUUGCCGACCGCCCCAUCACGAGUUUCUUCUGCAUCUUCGACGCCAGCGACUCCGUGUACAGUGUGCUGGAGCCCUUGUCCAAAGGCUACCACAGGGCGUUGGUGAGGCUCACACCGCAGGCCAGUAAGCCUGAGGACUACCGCUUGCUCACGCAGACCGACAUCGUGCGGUUCCUGUUCGCCAACCGCGACAAGCUGGACCAGGCGCUCUUGUCGCAGACAGUUGCGCAGGCUGGGCUCGUGCAGGGCAGGAAGAACAUGUUGUGCGUCAGCGAAGACGAAGCGCUCAACGUGCUCCAGGCCUUCCGGCGAAUGACUCAACGGGACAUGAACUGCAUUGGGAUUUGUGACAAGAGUGGCCGUCUGGUGUGCAACCUGUCCGCAUCGGACCUGCGCGGCAUGGCACCCGAUCGGUUGAAGAUGCUCCUUCUUCCUGUGCGCGACUAUCUGACCGCCAUGUACGGCGAGACGCUUUGCCACAAGCUCUACCCAAUUACCUGUGCCCCCGACGCAAAGCUGGCCGAUGUAAUGGAGAGCGUGCUGGCUCACAAAGUGCACCGCGUGUGGGUCGUCGACGAGACCGAACAGCCGGUGGGUCUCGUCUCACUGUCGGAUAUCAUCUGCAAGUUCUCCCCUUACGACUACAAGGCCAGCAACACCGCACCGGCCACCAUUACCAGCCUGCACUAA